AUGGAUGUUUCUGGAAAAUGGAUCAAAGCCUUGAUAGGAUUCAAGAAACAUGAAAAAGUAGAUGACCCUUGUGGUGAGAAGAUGAAUGGGAAAAGCAAGAAAUGGAGGCCAUGGAAGGGGUUAUCAAGGAAUCAUGGAGGUUCCUCUUUGAAGAGGGGUUGCAAGGGACCUCAUUCUUCAUCACUGAAUAAUGAAGCUUUAGUUGCUGCUGCCAUGGCCACUGUGGUCAGAGCUCCUCCCAAAGAUUUCAAGGCUGUGAGGCAACAGUGGGCUGCUAUCAGGAUCCAAACCGCCUUUCGCGCUUUCUUGGCAAGAAGGGCAUUGAGGGCAUUGAGAGGAUUGGUGAGGCUUCAAGCUAUAGUUCGCGGAUGGCGGGUGAGGAAGCAGGCGGCCGAAACGCUCAAGUGCAUGCAGGCUUUGGUUCAGGCACAAGCUCGAGUUAGAGCUCAACGAAGCGUUCAUCUGUCAAUGGAGGGUCGGGCUGUGCAGAAGAUGCUAGAGGAGCACAUCAGCGAGGAUGAAAAGCAUACGAAACAAGCUGAGGUAAGAUGGUGUGAUAGUAAAGGGACAUAUGAAGAGGUUAAAGCAAAAAUGCAGAUGAGGCAAGAGGGAGCCUUCAAGAGAGAGAGGGCACUUGCAUACUCUCUUGUACACAAGGAGAUAUCAAACAGGAGCUCUGACACGCGAAGGACUAUCUCAGUUCCCUCUGCAAAAACCCAAAAUUGUGACAAGAACAGCUCGGGAUGGGGCUGGUUAGAGCGUUGGAUGGAAGCGAGGCCGUGGGAAACCAGAUUGAUAGAACAGACAACCUCAAACUCCUCAGAACCAUGCACAACAAAAGUGAGAAAGAACAAUGUGACAAAAAGGAUAUCAGCAAAGCCUUCUGUAGUUGUGGAAGCUACACAUUCAUCUUCGAGCCGAACUUCUGAACUCCAAUGUGAUGUUAGCUCAGCUUCAUGUGCAUCUUCUUUAUGCACAUCCACAGAGAGAAACAAGCAGCCAAAUUAUAUGGCAGUGACUGAAUCAACUAAGGCCAAGCUGAGAAAUCAGAGAAUUAUGAGACAGUCCAUGGGGGAGUUUAAUGGGGACUCCAAAAGCAGUGCUGCCUCUGAUUGUUCUUGGUUGAAAAUGGAUAAAUCCUCCAAGACAAGGGAACCAAGAGAACUGCUUCUAUGAAUAACAACUUGUUGUCCAAUGUAGAUUUGGAAGCAUGCAUGCUGAACUGCUCUCUGAAAAAUGACCACUAAAGACUCAUAUGAUAUGAUCUAUUCUGU